CACUCCUUCCGGCUGUCCUGCGUGGGACAGAGCUUCCGACUGCAAAUCAACCCUCCAGGGAGAAAUUCUAACUUCCCAACAGAGAGAGACCUCCGUUUCAGAAAGCCCGUCCAGGAGACUCGGAGAGCCUGUCAGCUCCACCCCAUGGCAGCAGGGAACCUUACGAGAGUGUCAGAAUUCCUGCUCCUCGGACUCUCAGAGGAACCAGAACUGCAGCCCCUCCUGUUUGGGCUCUUCCUCUCCAUGUACCUGGUCACUGUGCUGGGAAACCUGCUCAUCAUCCUGGCCGUCAGCUCAGACGCCUUCCUCCACACGCCCAUGUACUUCUUCCUCUGCAACCUGUCCUUGGCUGACAUCUGCUUCACCUCCACCACCGUCCCGAAGAUGCUGGUGAACAUCCAGACACAGAGCAAAGCCAUCCCCUAUGCAGGCUGCAUCACCCAGAUGUAUUUUUUCAUACUCUGUGCCAUGUUGGACAACUUCCUCCUGACUGUGAUGGCCUAUGACCGGUUUGUGGCCAUCUGUCACCCGCUGCACUACACGGUCAUCAUGAACCCCCGGCUCUGUGGGCUGCUGGUUCUGGGGUCCUGGACCAUCAGUUCCCUGUACUCUCUGCUGCAAUGUUUGAUGGCGUUGCGACUGUCCUUCUGCUCAGACUUGGAAAUUACCCACUUUUUCUGUGAACUCAAUCAAAUGACCCAACUUGCCUGUUCUGACACUUUUCUUAAUAAUUUCGUGAUAUACUUUGUAACUGUGCUAUUAGGUGGUGGUUCCCUGGCUGGGAUCCUUUACUCUUACUCUAAGAUAGCGUCCUCCAUACAAGCAAUCCCAUCAAUUCAGGGGAAGUAUAAGGCUUUUUCCACCUGUGCGUCUCACCUCUCGGUUGUCUCCUUAUUUUAUGGUACAUGCCUAGGCGUGUAUCUCAGCUCUGCCAGCACCCACAGCUCACACUCAAGUGCAGUGGCCUCAGUGAUGUACACCGUGGUCACACCCAUGCUGAACCCCUUCAUCUACAGCCUCAGGAACAGAGACAUAAAGGGGGCUCUGAAAAGAGUUUUGAGGCUGGUAAGUACACCAGGGACAAUUGUUAUGAGGCUCAAAAUAUGA